AUGGCUACCAUGGCGGCUCCCCAUCAGCCAAGAUACAACCUGGAAGAUCCGGGCUAUCCAGUUGAGCCUCGCACUGCUCGCGACGCCCGAGAGGCAGCUCGUGCUGCGCGAAAUGGCCAGAGCCCGAGAUACAGACGCACUCAAUCGCCCGAGCAACUCGAUGACUUCCGCCCUCAGAGUGAAGAGUUCGACAUGCGGUCGCCCACCUCUGACGUGGCACUCCAAGACGCUAUGCUCGCACAAGCACAACAGCAGCAGCAGCGUGUCGUUCCGGUUGGUCAGGUUUCCCGUAAUGCUGGGCAGCGAAGACAACCGCCGCCUGGUCAAGGUCCAAACAACAACGCUCCCAGAGGUCCAGGUCCAGGUCCAGGUCCUCAGCAACCAAUGCCUCCAACUUACCCUGGCGGAAUGGACGGAGGUCCUCAGCAGCAGCAGCCCAAUGGUCCUAGACAAGAUGGUCGUUACAGACGACAAUCGCGCCGCGCUUCGGAGUCUGAACCCCGACCUCAUGGAGAGUCACCUCCCCGAAAUGGACCAAACACCCAGCAGAGCCGUGUUUCUCAAUCCAUGGCCUCAGAACAGCAUCAGCAGCGUCGCGCGCCUUCACCAGACCGUCUAGCAGUCCCUGGCAAUGACAUCAACCGUCUCAACAGUCCCUCCAUUCAAAAGAGCGUUCUUCUUCCUCUUGAGCAGAAGAUUCACGAGUAUGAUCAUCUCAUGGGUGAAGCUCAAGCCCAAAUGAACCAACUCGACGAUGAGAUCCGCGCUCUUCAGGAACGACGUCGCCAAGCCGAAGACCGCUUCAUUGAAGCCAAGUCCAAGCAUGAUGAUUACUCACGUCAACAUGAUCAAGUAGGCAAAGCUCUGCGCGGGGAGCUCGUGCAGCAGGCCCCACCACCCGCAGUCCGUCAGCCCGUUCAGCGCAUGGAGAGCGUCGACAGUUUCGAACAUCGACCCGUCAGCGCGCAAAGCUCUUUUCAUCAGAAGCCUAAGAAGGGGGGCUUGCGGAUGAGCUUGUUCAAUCGAAGCAAUUGA